ACGAUUCCUUGGGACAUUGCAGGAAAACGAAGGUAAAGCUCUUUUUGAAACCAAAUUCCAAACCAAUUUUCUGUCCCAAGCGACCGGUUCCCUUUAAUACCAUUUCAUUGGUGGACGCCGAACUAACACGGUUGGAAACGUCUGGUAUAAUACAGCCAGUCGACUUUUCCGAAUGGGCUGCUCCUAUUGUGGCGGUACGCAAGCCAAACGGACGGGUUCGCAUUUGUGCGGAUUACUCGACGGGACUUAACGAAGCACUGGAGGCAAACCACUAUCCGCUUCCAACUCCUGACGAAAUUUUUGCUCAACUCAAUGAUAGCACAGUGUUCAGCAUCAUUGAUCUGUCCGAUGCGUAUCUACAACUCGAAGUUGAUGAUAGUUCCAAGAAGUUACUCACCAUCAACACGCUCCAGGAGCUUUCCAGCGUUUGGUGGAUGAAAUGAUUUCAGAUAUUCCUGGUGUCCGCUCUUUCAUCGACGAUGUUAUCGUAUUCUCAAAGGACAUGAAGUCGCAUCUAGUAUCACUCAACUUACUGUUCCAGCGACUGAAGGAGUAUGGUUUCCACGUCAAAGCUGAGAAGUGCCAUCUCUUUCAAACACAACUUGCCUAUUUGGGACACAUCGUAGAUAAAGAAGGCAUUCGUCCUAAUCCCGAGAAGUUGAAGAGCAUUGCUGAACUUCCUGCCCCGACAAACGUUCCCGAAUUACGGUCAUACCUAGGAGCGGUCAACUUCUAUGCAAGAUUCGUUCGCAGCAUGCACGAGUUACGUCAUCCAAUGGACCAGCUGCUGAAGAAGGAAACAAAGUGGCAAUGGACUCCACAGUGUCAACGCGCUUUUAAUCAAUUCAAGACAGCACUUCAGUCAAAUUUGCUGCUAACUCACUACGAUCAUAAGCUACCCAUCAUCGUAGCAGCAGACGCAUCAAAUACUGGAAUCGGUGCAGUAGUUUUUCAUCAGUUUUCCGAUGGAAAGAUGGAAGGCCGUUCAACAUGCUUCAAGAACGCUCGCCCCCCCAGAGAGGAACUAUGGGCAACCUGAAAAAGAAGCACUCGCGUUAGUCUAUGCAGUAACAAAGUUUUUGCUAGGACGUCAUUUCACAUUGCUGACUGACCACAAGCCGCUACUGUCUAUUUUCGGCAAACACGGCAAACAGGCUUUUACGUUGGGCACUUACGAUGCUAAAUUACGAUUUUGAGAUUCAACAUGUAUCCACGAGCGAUUUUGGAUGCGCAGAUAUCUUUUCCAAGCAGAUCGACCGAACCAACCAACCAGAAGAAGAAUAUGUCAUCGCAGCACUCACUCUAGAGGAAGACUUAUCCAGUAUUCUUUCCGAUGCUACAGAAAAGGUUCCGGUUUCAUUUGCAGCAUUGCAGAAAGCAACAUCAACAAAUGUCACACUUCAAACUGUUAUCAAGCACAUUCGUGACGGAUGGCCUUCCUGCUCCAAGAAUCUUUCCACUGCAGCUCAACCAUAUUACAACAGACGAGAAUCGCUCAGCCUAGUUGACGGUUGUGUAAUGUUUGGCGACAGAGUCAUAGUUCCUGGGAUGUUCCGACGAAGGAUUCUGCAACAGUUUCAUCGAGGUCAUUCCGGAAUGGUACGCAUGAAGGCAAUAGCUAGAAGCUUUGUUUUUUGGCCCAGUAUCGACAAUGACAUUGAAGACUUCGUCAAACACUGCACGCCAUGUUUAUUAGCAGCUAAGACUCCUACAAAGAGGACAUUAAAGUCGUGGCCGAUUCCUGCCAAACCCUGGUCCAGAAUACAUAUCGAUUACGCAGGUCCCGUAGAUGGUGUCUAUUUUCUAAUAAUAGUUGAUCCCUUCUCUAAGUGGCCUGAAAUACAUCCAACAAAAUCCACGACAACAAAAACCACCAUCAAACUACUGAUUCAAACUUUUGCAACAUUCGGCAAUCCAGAGAUAAUAGUGUCCGACAAUGGAACUCAAUUUUCCAGCCACAAAUUUCAAGAUUUUUGUACAGCUCAAGGAAUACGUCAUAUUCGUAUCGCUCCGUACCAUCCGCAAUCCAACGGUUUAGCCGAAAGAUUCGUGGAUACUUUGAAGAGAAGCCUUCGAAAAAUGCGCACGGGAGGAGAAUCACUCGAAGAAGCACUGUACACCUUCUUGAAUGUUUACCGCUCUACUCCAACCAGUGACUUGAACGGCAAAGCUCCCGCUGAAUUGAUGUUCGGCAGACCAAUACGUACCGUAUCGUCAUUGCUCAAACCGACUGAACGUUCCACUGACUCCACAGUCAGAAACAGAAAUAAUCAGAAUAACUCAUUCAACAAAAAGCACGGCGCAGUCAAAAGGGCAUUUCAGCACGGAGAUACCGUCUACGUAAAGGUACAUCGAGCGAAUUCAUGGCAGUGGCAACCAGCAACCGUGAUCGAGAAAAUCGGAACCGUGAACUACAAUGUCUUCCUGGAGGAUCUGACGCAGAACGGAGGUUAUGGCGGAGAAAAAGUAAAACGCGUGCGUGUCUUACAAGUGACUACUUAG